AUGCAGGAGCUGGGCUCUCCCUCCCACUCCGCUAUGUCCUCGUCAGGAAAAGCUGCUGCUCCUUCCUCCUGCCUCUACCCCAGUGCUUUACCCCUGACCAGGUCCUGCGUCAAGUGCUCCGACUUGUUCAAGAACAACACAGUAAGAGGGACCAACACGGUGCCCACCUCUGUCCUGACACCCACCCUCCCCUCAGUGGGACUGCCCAGCACGCUCCUGAUCUUUGGAAUCCCAGUGGUGUUGGGCUUCAUCCUGGCUAUGGCUGCCCUCUGGGGCUUCCUGGCUUGCAAGGUGGGCAAGCAGAGGAGGAAGAGGAAAGCGGCAGAUGAAGAGGCCAAAGAAAACAUGGAUGCAGCUGGCCCCCUGCCCAGUCCAGGCUGCCAGGAUCCUGCUGCACUGGAGGGAGAUGAUGCCCUGGUCUCAGCCCUGUGCCUGAAUCUCAAUGGAGGUGAGAAGAUGCCAGGGCCACCAGGAAAAGCUGGAGCAAAGCAGAGGCCAUGCUGCCAGGGUGAUGCUGAUGGUGACAUCGUUCUGCUAACUACCAUGUAUCCUCAGCAUGAGGAAUGCAACCACGGUUUCCCACUGCCUGCCACUGAGCUAGGGGCCACGGCCCUGGUCACCACCAAAACCACCCAGAACUGUGCCAUCGAGGAGAGAGCCUGAGGAUGAGGGGAAUGGGGCAGGAGGACUCCAGCUGCUCCCUGUGAAUGCCAGAGCCCAUCCCUGGGAUGGGUGUAGCCUUGCAUGGACAUGAACUAGCUGAGGACUGGGUUCUGCCUCAAGCAAGAUCAGCUUUCUAGGAUGACUGCCCUUUUCCACUUUCCCGUUUGCACCAAGUCCCAAGAUAGCCUGUAAGCACUGGAGGAAGCCAAAGUGGAUCAAGCCGAGUUAUGCUGAGCUGCCGACAGCAGCUGUGGCUGUGCUGUCAAGAGGAGGCAGAGGAGAUGCAGCCACUGAAGAUGGAGCAUGGUGAGGGCUACUGUGCUGUUUGCAAAGCUGUCAUCAGGCCAGGCUGGGUUUGCUGCUGGAUGGGCGAUUCCUGGGGAUAUGGGUCUGGAACAGCAGAAGGAGGAGGGGCAAAGGAAGAUGGAGAAGGAAGCAGGGGGGGACAUUAGAUCAAGUCCCACACGACUGCUAUUAGCUUGGUUUUUGCUACUGACCUCAAUAAAAGGAGGCUUGGGGCCAUAAGGACCAAGGUGCAUCCAGCAUCUGUGCCACGCACAGUCCUGCCCCCCAUCUUCUGCACUCCAUAAUAUCCAGGUCUUUCCUCCCUCUGGGCACUCUCACAGAGUGGCAGGCAUCCACUGGCACUCCUGAGAACCCCCUAGCAGCCAGGUACCCCGGGGAUGGGAAAUGAGUCUGUCUUCCCAAGUAGGGUGAGAGGAGGGGAAAAGAAUCUGUCUGUUCUGACCUACAAUCGCUGAAGUCAGGGAGGUCCGGGGGCAGGCAAUGGAGACUGCUGGUCUAGAGGAGCUUCCACGAGCUUGUUAUUACAGCCCCAGACAACCAUCACUUCUGCUUACAGUGGCUGCAGAAAUACUGCUUGUCACUUGGGAUGACAGGGCUCCCGGUGAUGGAUGUUUCCAUGCCACACAGAACCAUGCAGGGAGUAUGUGAGCGUAGGAGGGAUGACUUAAUUUAUGUGAGUGUCUUCAAGGCUUUGCCUGUGUGCCAGAGCUGGCCGGCAGUGCCAGUCCAAGGCAUCUCACCGUAGAUGGUCUUGUUCACCUGCCUGCAUGUGGGUUUACAGUGCAGAAAGGCUCUGCUUCAGAAACCAUCUCGUUAGUGAAGGAUUGCUGUUCCCAAACAAUUACAGCCACCCAUCCCCCUGACUGAAGAGAGCCUGGCCAAUGGCUUGGAUGAGAAACCUUGCUGGUGCCAGAGGGGGUGGUUAGGCAAUUAGAAAUGCCCAGGGUGGGUGCUAUUCGCAUGAAACCCCAUCUUGGUGACAGCCUGGGUGAGCCCUUCCUUUAGCAUGGUGGCCUCUUCGCCACCUUAUCAGGAGGCUUCAAGGACUGAGCAGCAGUGGCCAAGCAAGGUGUGGGAGCACUGCUGCCAAGUGCCAGUAGGCUACUGAGAACCAUAACUUGUGGUGGAGUCACUUGCUGGUCCUUCUGAUGACAGGGAGGUUGUCACUUCUCCAAGCCUGAGAGCUCUUUCUGGAGCUACAGGACCAGAACUAUUGUUGAAGGGUAUCCCUCCCUUUUCUUCCCUGCUAUGGUCUGGAGCCAGACUUUUGGCACCCGUCCCAUAAGGGGAACCACAUGUGCUGCCAUAGGUGCCAAGGCCCAAAUUCUUCACCACAAAGCCUCUCCCAGGCCUAAACACACUGGCAGAGGUGAAGUGCAUGACCCACAGUGGGAUGGGUCUCUGUCUUUGCCUCAGGACUGAGGGUGAUGGAGGGACUAGUCCACAUGCCCAGUAACUGUUGCCUGAAGCUCCAGAUAUCUGUGACUCACUGGAAGCACUGGGAUUCCAGUUAUCCACAGCCUCAUUGCAAAAGGGGCUUCCAUGAGGCACAAAUCAGGAAUCUCCUCAUCCCCGUGCUCUGCACCUGGCCCUGUGAAGUGACCUUGAACAACCUGUGUGCAUCUGAGGUGGGGAAAUGAGCUGAAGCCAGGGCAAUUUGGCACUGGAAGGACUGCUCAUGGGAGGCAGAGCAACUUGCUUCUUGGGACAUGGUGUGAGACAGAAAGGAAACAACUGUCGAGAUCAUUCCCUCCCAGUGGUCACCACAGCUCAGCUCUGUGGAUACACUGACCUGUGUCAGUGGCAAAUUGACAACUCCUGAAUGAAUCAUGUUGAAAAAAACCCUUUUUCUGCUCAGGUAAAGGCUUUUGCUCUCAUUUCUGCUAGAGCUUCAAUCAGGCAUCUCCUUCAGGCAAUACUGCUGGCACCCACAGUUUGCAGAAGCGGCAUUUCAAUCCACAUUGGAUUCCUCAGCCAGCCACUGCCCCUCAGAUCCCCUCUCUCUUAUGGUGUGCAGGGUGUCUUCUCUGCAUCCUGCCUGCCCGACUGCCAGCAUGGUGGGGUAGUGCCCCCCUCCUGCCUGUCCUGGGAGGGGCUUGCAACCCCCUCUCUGUGCAUUUCUCCAUCCUGGUGUAAAAGACAGAGGGUUGUCUGUCUUGUCAGCAUGGAGACAAAAAUAUCAUUGUAAAACAAAAGAAUAAAUU